AUGACGGCUGGUGUAGGUACACGGCGCUGGAUGGCACCUGAGGUUAUGAUGGGUAAACGUUACGACACGAGCGCCGACAUUUUCUCGUUUGGAGUGGUCCUGUCAGAAUUGGACUCGCACCAGCCUCCAUAUGCACGCGUAAUCGAAUUCAUGACGUCCGAAAGUGGCGAAAAAGUGACGGAGACGAGAUUAGCUGAGAUGGUGGCAACAGGACGCAUUCGAAUUGAGUUUUCGUCGAAAGCACCCGCAGCACUUGUAAAUCUCGGCCUUGCAUGUGUAAAUCUGGACUCGAGAGCGCGCCCUAGCGCCAGUGAAGUGCAUUACGAACUGGAAAAGAUUUUGCGCAAGUAUCAGAAAUACACAUUAUAG